ACACACAGCAUGCUCGGGCUGAUGCGAAAAUAACAAACCCCGGUCGGUAAAGCACGUUCCCAUUCAGCCUGUAUAUUACAAGUCUUGCUCAAAAGUGCUAGUGUCUGUGUCUGUGCCUGGAUUGCCCAUCACGAUGCGAUGGAGCAAGAGGCCAUUCGCCAAUCUCGUGCCAACAUUCAACCCCAUACAAGUCCAACAGCUCCUGCACAUGCUCGCACUAGCCCUUCGCAUCCUUUCCUUCUCCAGACUGCAUCAAACAAUCGGUGCGAAUCGCGAAACAUGUAAUUUUCUCGAGGGGAGCGCCGCCGGGCCGUAUCAGGUCCCGUCGAGGGCGUUGGCGGCAGCAAAAUCCAUUGGUGGCGGAGCUGCGUGGGCUGAAACACGGCCUCUUUUUCAAGGACCCUUGCCCUUAACCCCAGCCCCUGGUUUUGGGCAGCCCCUGCACGGCCACUCGGGAUCAAGUUUGAUUUCGUUCAAUGACAUUGGAUAUUGGUAUUGGUUUGAUACAAAGUGGCGGGGGGAGGAGGAGGCGAUACGAGCCCAGCCAGAGAGAGGCCCAUCCUGGCUUCGCAAUCCAACGUGACGACACCCUAUUUUUGAAUUCUGGACGCAGGGCGUGUUUUCCGUCUUACAUUGAUGUGAGGGUUCGCUGUGUCUGUGUCUUGUGUCUGUGCUUCCUUCGUAAGAGCGAGCAUCUGCCCUUUCCAGCUGGUUACUGGAGUUGUGCUUCUUGCCUUCUUGCUCUUUCGUAGUCUCUACAUCCAAUGUAUUGAUUGCGCGCUCUAUUCUUUCCUUACUGUCAUCUUUUUUUCUUCAGGCCUUCUUUAUUCUCUUCCUCUUCGCUUGCUUCCCUUCCUACUACCGAUUCAUCCAUCCUAUUCCGUUCCUUUAAUUUU